AAGAGUGCUUGAUCAUAAGACACCUCUCGAGUGUUUAACAGGUAAAACAUCAUAUGUGGUUCCUCCAAAAGUGUUUGGAUGUGUGUGCUUUGUGAAAGAUUACAGGCCAUCAGUUGGGAAGUUAGAUCCUAGAGCGGUAAAAUGUAUAUUUGUCGGAUAUUCUGGGAAACAAAAAGGGUAUAAAUGUUGGUGUCCUGCUGAAAAAAGAAUGUUUGUAAGCAUGGAUGUAGUAUUCAGGGAGCAUGAUGCGUUUUAUGGUGGACCAAUUGAUUUAACUGAUGUGUUUCCUGAUAUGUUUGCUGAUGAUACCUCAGAAACAGAUUGCGCGACAGGGGGAGAUAAAGCGGAGGAAGGCAAUGAUGCACUCACAAAUAAUAUGAUUGUUCGAAUCAUGCCAACAGGUGAUACACAUGGUGAUGAAUGUGCUAGUGUAUCUGAAACAGACAACGAAGAUGUACAGGGGGAGUUUCAGGACAGACCAAAUGAAGCACAAUGGCCUAAACCGAAUGAGGACCGACAGCUUCAGGUAUAUUCAAGGAGACACCGAACGGGAGAGGAACAGGUGCAAGUGCAGGAAAUAAUUCCAGAUACAUCCCAAACUUCACCAUCCUUAUCAUCAUCAUCAUCAUCAUCAUCAUCUACAAACAGUGUACCUGUUCCACAUGAUUGGCAAGAGGCAAAGAAAUACCCAGAAUGGAGGAUGGCAAUGCUAGAAGAAAUGCAAGCACUAGACAAAAACAACACAUGGGAGAUGAUGACAAGGAGAUAUCACAUCUGAAGGAGAUGUUGUCAAAAUCAUUUGAAGUCAAGGACUUGGGGUAUCUUCACUACUUCCUUGGAAUCGAGGUUGCAUAUGGUAUUCAAGGUAUUUAUCUCUCACAAAGGAAAUAUGUACUCGAUUUACUUGCGGAGACUGGAAUGCUCAAUUGUAGACCAGCAAUCACCCCCAUUGAAUCAAAUCAUCGCACUUUAGCAGAAUUUGGUGAUCCAGUGGAUAAACACCAAUAUCAAAGACUAGUGGGGCGCUUAAUCUACCUAUCACACACCAGACCGGACAUUGCAUAUGCAGUUAGUGUUGUCAGUCGAUAUAUGCAUGACCCUCGCACCGGUCACUUGGAUAU